AUGGUCUCUUUGAGAAUUAGUGACAUGUGCGACAAAGGAUUACAAGCAUCCCCUGAGGACGCGCUGGGGCUGCAGAGCGCGACGCGGGCGGGCGUGCGCAGCCUGCGCGCGGGGCGGCGCGCGGGGCGCGCGGGGUGCGUGGUGGCCCCGCGCGCGCUGCUGCUGUCGCUGGCGCUGCUGAGCCCGUCGGCCGCCGCGCUCGACCGCCUCGCCGCGCUCGUCGUGCUGUACAAAGAAAUAUUCUCUGCCAUAAAAGCGAAGAAUGGACGAAAAGAUCAAGCGUAUAUUGAACAGAUGCAGAUUUUGAAAGCAUUCACGUCUGAUUUCGUGAGUUGUUUCUACGAAGAAUUCCUCAGUGGUCGCAAGAAAGGCAUCGCCUUUAGUAAAUUGCACCCGCAGCUGGUUAGUAAACUGACACAUAUAAUACCAGAUGUGGAUACAAAAUUAAGCAUACGCAAUCACUUAGCAUUCGCUCCGUACACGUAUGUGUCGCUACAGGCAAUAGAUCAAACGGACGCCGACAAUAAGUUAUGGUUUGACACGGUUAUAGAACAGGAAUUUGUCAAUUUGAGUCAAUUCGUUAUGAAGGCAAUGCCCGAGCUGCGAUAACAAAAUGCUAGCACAUAGGAGAAAGCGUGAGUACUUUGUGCUCAAUAUCUUCACAAUCAUAAGGCUACUUAUUAAACUAUAAGUAUUAGAAUAAAAUGACUUCCUUAAUUAAGUUAUUUUAAAUCGGACCCUAAUUUGUAAUAUCAAAAUUGUUUUCAAGUUAUACGUGAACCUGACACACACGACACGUGUGGUAAAUUUAGGUUGUGUCUUUUUAUACUAUAUUUUCAAACACGCUUAUAUUACAAAUUAAGUUUAAAUAAUAAGCAAAUACUCAUAUUCAAUGAAACGAAUUACAAACGAAAUAAACACGAAAUGCAUUAUGAAUUACUAGUUUUCGCCUGCGGAUUCGCAUGAAAAAGUAGCAUAUGUCCUUCCUUGAAGUUCAACCUUUUUUCAAAUUCUACCAAAUUUAGUUCAGUGGUUUCGCCUUGUAAGAGCAACAGAUAGGCGGACGGAGAGACACAGACUUACUUUCGUAUUUAUAAUAUUAUUAUAGAUUAUGUAUUUUGAUGCUAUAUAAACUGUGUUUUUUGGCAUUUCCGUCGUAAGAUACGCGCCUUUUUUUUGUUUUGAUCAGACUUUAUAUAAUUUACUAAUUCUAUCACGUAGCCUUACUGUUUCUUUUAGUUUCGAUAGUCAUAAUAUAUAUCUUACUGUAAAGGUACCUUUAAAAUCAUCUUUAACAAGGUUGCCCGCAGGCUUUCACCUAUAUCAGACGCUUCUGAUACUCCCACGGGGUUCGUAACGUUAUGUUAAAUCGCUUAAACAUUCCUCAAGAAUUGCCUAUAAAUUGCAACAAAAAUUCAAAUCCGGCUGUUAAUUCUAGAGAUUAGCGCGUUCAUACAACAAACAACAUUUAAUUUUUUAGCGCCGAGCAUAUUUUUGAUAAUGUUGUAAAAAACAGAAUAAAAAAAGAGUUCGUUAUAAUUGAAUUUAUAAUUGUAAAUGGUUCAUUACUAGGAAGAGAGAGAGAGAGAGAGGUGAUGAAAAAUAAAACGUAAUUAUACAACAUAAUAUGAAUUUCAGGUAGGAAUGUAUAUUGCGUGACAGUCAAAUCCGAAACCAUAAACAAUAACGAAAUAGUUUUGUUGUUGUUAAAUAAAAAUGUCCUUUUGAAACGUGUUCAAAUAUUGUAAAACCAGUACGUACUGUAGGUAUUUAAAUGUUUAAUUUUUAAUAGAUCAAUCUCAACUUCGAGAUCCCUAUUUUCCCUUUUUUAGUUUCGGAAUUUGCCAUCCACGUACUUAAAAAAAAUUAGCUCUGUUUGUUUAGCUGAUAUUGACUCUAGGGUACUACGCUUCAUAAAUUAAACAUUAAUGUUUUAUUUACGAAGCAUUGUACCUGAAUAUGGUAAAUGUUUAUUUUAUAAGGAAUAUUAUAAAGUUUUAAGUAAAAAUUACAUUCAAUUUAAUUUUCUACUGUUUUCAUAACAUUAUUUAUAAUCAUGGUAAUUUUAACUAAACUAUAAUAAAUAAUAAUGACCCAGCAUCAUAGGUGAUCUGGUACUUGUUGUACAUUAUACUACUAUAUUAAUAUGUGUUUAUAAUGACGAUCUUACAGGACAUAUUUUUCAUAAUUUUUAGUUUUUUUUUGCAAAACAAUACAUUGUGUUAUACGGAUUACCGAUCCAAGAUCUAGGCUAUUAGGUCUAAAAAAAUAUAUAUGUUGUAAUUUAUCCUUUAAUUAAACAAAUAUGUUAAUUCUCCAAUUAUUAUUAUAUUAUUUGCUACAAAAAUGUAGGUGUAUUAAAUAUUACCUCUCGCCCUCUUCAAUGUACGUAAAUUAAAAUGUUAUAAUUAAGAUUUUUAUAAAGUAAUUAAUUUGACAAAAUAAUGUAUGUUAUUAGAAUCUUUCCAAAGCCCAUCGGAUAAACAACACUCGAAGAUAAAUAAUUGACUAAAGCAAUUUAAUAAAAUUAUAAAUUCACAUAUAUCUGUAUAAAAGUACAUAUUUUUUGUAGUAUGUUAUUAUUUAUAUUUGGACAGAUUGUAUACGAUUAACCCACCAGUUAAGACCACAUACUUUAGAAUGUUAUACAA